AUGUCUGACUCUGAGAACACCGCUAUCUCGCAGCAAGAGGACGAAGUCGAGGUGGUCAAAGAGCCCGUCAAGGCCGCCCGGCCGAAGCGCGCGUCCGCAGCUAAGAAACGCAAGGCCGACGAGUCUGACGAAGAAGACGCGUACGAGGAUGCCUUCGAAGACGAGGAGGACGCUCCUGCGCCCAAGAAGAAGGCCAAGACCACACCGGCGAAGAAGGCGGCCGGCAAGGGCGCCACCCAGACUACGCUCACAGCCAAGUCCAAGAACGCCGACCCAUUCUCCAUCACUCUCGAGGGCGACGACGACGAGACAGUGCCACUUCUCGACUCUUGCGACGAGCUCCGCAAGAAAAUCAACGUCCACUUGGACGUCUCCGGCUAA